AGCUCCUAUUAUAAAAUACCUCCAUAAAAAAAAUGCCGUAUUUGACCAAUGCGACCAAUGCGUACGGUCCUUAAAAGUAUAGAAAUGGUUGAUUGUAUGAAAAGGCCUAUUUUAGACAUUUAAUUGCAAAAAUAAAUAGUGUUAUCUACUAUUGGAGUGUUUAAGUGAUAAUACAAUGAAAAAACGUUAACGGUGCUUGUUUUACGCUGUGCAGAUCAGUAACAAAUGAAAAAUGGCGCAAAGUUCACACGGGGGCAGCCACCGCCGCAGCCGGGAGCCGGACCUGCGGUACUCCACUACCGACUGGGAGGCCAAGGAGGCCCUUAUACAGAGGGAGCUCGACGAGGCCAGAGCCCGGGCCACGCAGAUGGAAAAAACUAUGCGCUGGUGGUCAGACUGCACUGCCAACUGGAGAGAUAAAUGGAGCAAAGUCCGCAACGAAAGAAAUAAGGCUAGAGAUGAAGCGAAACAACUGAAGAUCAAAGUAGACGCUUUAAACAAAGAACUCUCUAUGCUCAAAGCGGAAAAAACUAAUCUAGGCCAACAGUUAACUGAUGUUAUCAAAGACAACGAAAAGUUACUAACUAUUGGUGAAAGCAGAAUAGUCUCUGGAGAACUGACUACUGAAGACGGAGUCGAAUUAAGAAGGAAAGGCUAUGUCUCUCCGAAUGAAUCUCGACAGAGAGCAUCAUUAGACUCACACAAAUUCUCAAAUGUAGAUAAUGUUUUGGCUAGUAAACUAAGCGAAAUGAGAUUGAGGUUAGAUGAGACUUGUAAAAGCUUACAGACGGAGAAGGAUCAGAAAGCGUUUCUUCUAGCUAAAGUAGAAACAUUGACCGCAGAGAUAAAUAAUAUGAAGAUGCAGGAAACACAUAAUGAUAGGACGUUAGGAUCAACAGAUUCUAGUCACAGUGAAGUGGAACGGCUUCAAAAUGAGUUACAAGAUGAGGUAGCGGCCAAGCAGACUCUAGAAGAGAAAAUAGCAGAGCUAAAAAUGGAGAUUGAGAAGCUGAAAUCGGAGAACACGAUACAGUGGAGUAAGAGGGAGUUGAUGGAGACGGAAAACAUUGCGAUACUAAGGGAGAAUAAGAAACUUUAUAGUCAGGUCGUUGAACUAAGAGAGCAGAUACACAAACUAAACAGGAUCUCUGACGGCAGUGCCUAUGGCACUACCUUUGACUACAGACUGGACUCCGACUACCACAGAAAAGCAAGCGGAAGCCCCCGGUCCCAUGAAAAACCAAGAGACUUCAAAUUCAACGAAUACUCCAGGUUAGACCCAAAUAUCUAUGAUGACAAGAAACACAGCAGUCACUCGCAUUCAAGCAAUGAUUCUUCUGAAGCAAAUUUUCAAAAAACUGAUGAUGAACUUGCCAUACUAGAGAAAAGUGAGAAUUAAAAUAAAUUUACCUUUUUUGAGACCUGAUGAUGUUUUACAGUUAGAAACGAAAAGUCAAAUGUGACAGGAAAUUAUUAUUGACUUUUUUUGUGGGGUAUGAAGGUUGACUGUUGAGGUUUUAAUAUUUAUUUCGAGUGUCAGAAACUACUGUAAUUGGUUGUAGAUUGUUGUUUUCGCAAUAACUGAGCAAUAUUAGAAAGGAAAUUGUUUUAUAAUGGAAUAUAUACUACGUUCUGUUUUUGUUAAUAAGAAAACGUCGAGAACAAUGAGGGCGUAUGAGCCGCUAGGGGCGCUAGUGUAGAUGGUGGUCUUUUCCAUAGUUCGAAAUGUCAAAUGUCACUUCAAUGACUGACAGCUGUUCUUUAGUCUUUUGGACCAUCAUCAACAGAGGCGCCAACUGGUGAGCAAAAAAAGAUAGCCCUCAUUAAUAAAAAAUCGAUUCAGUUGGAUUUGAACCUACAUCGACACGAUACGUCUUAUUUGGGCUACGAUGUGAGUAUUGUAUUCUUUGGCUACGAUUGUUUUACGAAUUAAAGCAAUGAAUCAUCUAGAUUAAAAAUAGUCAGACCAAUCUAACUCUGCAGCGAUUUGGACAGCACAGACUGUGCAAGUGUCAUUUGUUAUUAAGUGUCAAAGUUUCAUAGAAGCUUGACGUUUAAAAUAACACUUGAACAGUCUGUGCUAUCAAAAUCGCUGCAGAAUUAUCUUGGACUCUCUUAUUUGUUUCUCACUCUCUUUAUUUGGUUCUCUCUCUUAUUUGUUUUACAUUUUACGCAAAGGCAACUAAAUACUAGUAGUCGUUCAAGGUUUAUACACGCCAAAUUAAUGCAAUAGGUAUGCAACGUAACACUAAGUAAGACGAUAUUUCGGUCCUACUAUGCAUUACGGAUACGAAAUGUGACAACUUUCAUAUAACCCCAGACAUUACAACCGGCGGGUGCGUUGAAUCAGGGGCCCGUUUCUCAAAAGCUGGUAACUUGUAAUACAAGUGGAAGUCCCUUUCUAACUAAAGCUGUCAAAAAGUGACAUCCGAUUGUAUUACAAGUUACAAGCUUUUGAGAAACGGGCAACUGAUGGCGUGCUCUCACAUGUACAAUAGCACUCCAAUGCAUUUAUACAAGUCACAAAUACUCAAGUAUUUGCCGAAAUGGCACUUAGUACAAUCGCCAUCAGAUAUAUCGGAGUGACCAAGGUGCUCACAGAUAUCUGUACACGCCUCUAUUGUUAAAGCGUUAGAGUGCGUGUUCAGAUAUUUUUGACCAUCUCGGCCGCUCCGAUAUAUAUAUAUUGGAUGGAAUGAGUGCCAAAUAGUUGGUUAAUAAUUUUAAGGGAGUUAAGGCGAAUGAGUGAAGUGUGAACUGUUAGUGUGAAUGUAAUAUUGCCAUAUUUUAAUAAUAUUUAACAUGUCCUUACUGGAAAAAGAUCGAAAUUAAAAUAAACGGAUUUCAUCUAACAGAUACAAAAUUAAAUGUUUCGCAAUGUAAAAAUGUAGAAAAGUAUUCUGAUUAUAGUAUUUCUCAAAUACAGGUACAGUGACAACUGUCAUCUCAAUGCAUAUUUUUUUUGUAUUAUAAAUGGUAUGGAAAUAACAGCUGUCACCAUACCCAAGCUAUGUGAAAAAUACUUUCUUCUUAAUUCUGAAUUCAAAAUGUCACUGACAGUUUAUUUUAUAUAUGUAUACAAGACGUUUUGACGUGCCCUCUUGGUUCGAUUCCUAUAUUGAUGAAUAGUAUGUAUAACUAAUUUUGUGCUUGUCUAUAAUAAAUAAUAAUAACAUAAAUACAGUGUCUCAAAAAUAGUGACAUGGGAUAAAAAAAAGGUUGAGUUAAGCGUAAAGGCCAGAGCACACCAACUGCGUGCGCGUAGACAUGCACGUGCACUAAAAUGUUGGAACCGUGCACACACACCUCACGCAAGCGGUGUGCCGUCUCUCAUAAGGAUGUUCGUGCACUUGCUCGUCUACGCACACGCGUCCGAUGUGCACAGGCCUUAAUGCUGCUCCAGUUUAGUCAUGGAGACUGUAUAAAGGAGCCAAAUCUCUAUGUAUGAAAAGUGUCCAUCAAAAAACAGUAAUUAGGCGGCGCCACCAUACACCGAAAUACUACCAAAAACAACCUACGUAAUUUGGUCGGGUUAUUUGUUGCCUUAUAUGGUUCAUGUUAUAUUCAUGUCCCAGUCUAACUAGCGCCACCGGAGAGAUUAGGAACUAUUAUUUAAAGCUUAACGCGGUCACUUUUGCAACAAUUCUGCCAUAAGAGAUUGCGAUCCUUUCUAUACCAUCCAUAAGUUUAGUUACUAUUUUGAGACACACUGUAUAAAAUUUAACUGUCAAAAUAAACGCCUAAGUAGAAAUAGGUCCCGUAUAUGUUAGUGAUUGUUGAGAAUUGUGAUAGUCUAGUACAGUUAGCAACGAUUAUGUUACUUGGGUAAGGACAUAAUUCAAAUGACACAACUUUCGGUGUACCAGUUUAGUAUACAUUUUAAAUAUACAAUCGGCUGCAGAUGAUUUGAUAUUUACCAAUCGCUUUUCCGUGAAGAAAGAGGGGGCCGAUUUUUUUAUUUCGAGCGCUCGAUUUCAUGUGGCUCCCUUCAAUACUAUCUCUACUACAAUACAUUUAAAUUCUACUAAUAUUAUUAAAAACGAGUGGUCAAUACCACUAGAUUCCCAAUUUCUAUUGCUCGUAUUUCAAUAAUAUCAAUUCGCUGUUUUCCACAGAUUUUGAAAUUUAAAAAUCGGCCCCCUGGACUAGUCCUUAUAAGGCCUAUAGUUUCCCCUCUGGGUUGGCUUUUGGCUAAAGAGUCUUCACCAGGAUGCUGCGUGAAACAUCUGACACAGAUGAAAACACCUAUUAUUAUUUCAGAUCAACUACUAAUCUGGUACACCAAAGUCUGAGCGAUAUGGUAAAAGAUUUGUGAAUAAAAUACUGGGAUUAGGUUAUCAAAACAAAUUAACAAAAUAUACGUAAAUAACUAUGUGAAUCGACUAAGUUCAGUACAUUUUCUGUGUAUUACGUUAAAUACUAACUUUAAAAUUAUAUUGUAGUUGUACAAAUCGUAAAAUGCACAUAGCUCUGUCAAUUGUAUGUUCGGCAUCAGAAGGGUGGUUAGUAGAUCAGGAUCCAACUAAUAUAGUAUUAUCCGGAUCUGAACCCGAAUCCAACCGAUCUUACGUACAAUUAUGAUCUGUAGUGCAAAUACUUUGUUGUGCAUCUUAAAAAUAGUUUCUACUCUACAAAGUAUGUUUUAAUUUCACAUCGUGAAAGUACACUUAGAUUUAAAAUUUAAGCGAAGAAUAGAAGAAACUUACUAAAUAUGUUGUGACAUUUUGUACAAAAAGGUACCAUAGCAAGACGGUCGUUUACUUAAUAGAUUUGCGAUACUGUAUUACAAUGUUUCCAAGUCCCUUUUUGUAUGAACUGACACAAAAACACUUUAAAAUGUAUGUUGCCGCUUAACUAUAAAAAACUUUUCUAGCAAUAACUUAUUUUAGUGAACCUAAGGCCUAAUACCAAAAUAUUUAUGUUGUAAAUUAUUACUUCUUGCCUUUUGUUGACUAUAUUUUCCGUCAAAUGUAUUAAUUUAUAUUUAUUACGCCUAAAAUAAUGAAGUUCAAAUGAAUAAGUGUCCUAUACAUAAAUAAAUAAUAUUUAGCUAAUGUGAA